CACUGCAGCGCGGGUGUCGUCACUCGUAUAAAAAAACGGCGUGUAUAAAAGUCCAGCGUGAGCGCUUAGAGAGGUACCAGAAAGCACCAUGAACCUCAGGCUGGUUGCCCUGCUCAGUUUGUGCGUCUCAGCCCUCAGAGCCCUUAAAGUGUACCAGCCCUAUCGGAUCCACGGCAGAGAUGGGCAGCUCCAACUCAACUGCUCCUACCGCCUGCAUGCCAGGGUGGAGGAGGUCCAUGUGACGCUGUACCGAGGCAUGCAUGGUGACCAGAGGGUCUGCAGCUCCACCCUCAACCACACCGCCUCUUGGCAGCCCCUUCAGGCCCAGCAGCAAGGUCUCAUCCACUGCAUGGCGGAGCUCAGGCCAUCCGGGGUGGUCCUCCUCAUCUCUGGCCUGCAAGUGGAGGACACUGACUUCUACCGCUGCAUGGUGGAGGUCUUGUACCCACCUCCUUAUCAAAAGGGAACUGGGAAUGGGACUCUGCUUCACAUCCAAGAGACACCCAGCUGCCCCGAGCCCGAGCCCCAGACAGAGGAAAGCACAGAGGACCCCACGGUCCUUAUUCCCGCCGCGAUGAUCGCGGUGAUCACCGUCUGCAUCGUUAUCAUAGUUGCGGUCAUCGUCAAGACUGUCAGAGUCGGCAAUAUGAAAAGGGAUUACCUCGGCGUCGCACGUGUGGCCGCAAGGAGGGUGGACUGCAGAUUCGGCUAUGAGAAUUUCCUGUAAAGUACUUAACGCAUAAGCUGAAACAGAAAGAAGAAAAACAAGCCGUCCCGCUGUGAACAUUAUAUGUUUCUACCAUACACGAACUAAACUUUACAAUGUAAAGCUAUGUUAAGUACAGGUGAUUUGGCAAAGUGCAAGUUUAAUAUUAAAGACGACGGGAAAAAUGACAAAAGGGAUAUUCCAGCGCGCUGCAUACAAAGCAAAAUGGUGUGGUUGCCGGGGGAGGGGAAUUAGUAAUAUUUUAUGUCAUUGUUCAUCAUAUGAAUAGACGCAAAACUUAGCAUCUUAUUGAAGACAAUCUUAUGUAGCAGGGGGGGGGAGCUGUCUUGGGAACAGUCUGCAUGUAGUUUACCUUGUGCCUUGCUUCUUGCUGUGUAAAUAUUCCUGCAGCUGCAGCUCUCCGGCUCCGUGUGGGUUUAUCACUAUUCGGUUAUGAAUCCCAUAAGCUUCUUUUUUUUCCGGACAGUCAUAGGAAUAUUAGGCGGACUGUCAGACAGAGGGCGGUGUAGCGACAGUAAAGGUUACAGAUUAGGGUUAGGGUUAGCCUACGGCUGAUCGUGAAGGACGAGAGGGCGCAGAUUUGGGGAGGGACAGCAGGAAGAGCAAUACUGCGGGAGUACGAUGUGUGUCAAUGCUGAAACCAAACCUACGCCAGUGGAAGGACGAGAUCGUUUUUGCUAUACUGUUCCGGAAAGAUCCUUUUCAAAUGGUGAUUUCUCAAUAUAACCUCUCAUUACGCUGUUUUGGUGAAACAAACCUUGACGAACAGGGUCGUUUAACUCACUGUAAAUAUUUCUGUCAAUGGGCUGAACUUCUUGAGAUUUUUUUACUUAAUGUAUGAAAAAUUCUUUAAUAAAAACAACUGAAUGAUUU